UGAUAGAUAUAGAAGAUAUAAUAAUUAAAGAACGAAGCAAGCCUAGCAUACAAGUUUAGCAUGCAUUACAUCCCAAUUCCAUGGGGCUUUCUUCAUUAUCCCACUUUCUCUAUACGCUUAUGCUUCUGUCACAGUUUCAUCAUCCCUCGCAUGCCCAACAAGAGUACAUAGAUAAUGCACAGCUCCUCUGCAAUAGAGCUGUUUCCAUAUCCAAAGGCUACUUUUGUAACAGGAUUCAGAGGUCCUGCGCCUCCUUUCUCACCUUCCGUCCCCAGCCUCCUUAUGACUCUCCUGAAAGCAUUGCCUCCUUGCUCGGCUCCAACGCCUCCUUCAUUGCCUCCAUCAACAACGUCUCUGUCACCCACAAGUUUUCUCCUGACAAGAUUGUUAUAGUCCCGAUCACUUGUUCUUGUUGGGGCAGUUUGUUCCAGCACAUCGCCCCUUACACUAUCCGUCCAGGGGAUACGUAUUUCAACAUAGCCAAUAAUACUUACCAAGGCCUGACCACUUGCCAGGCUCUGGAUGGUCAAAAUUAUUACGAUGGUGAGAAUCUUAUGGUGGGUGAACAGCUAACGGUUCCACUGCGAUGUGCUUGUCCUAGCCAAAUCCAGACAGAUGAUGGCGUGGCUUUUUUGCUGACUUACCUUGUGACAUGGGGAGAUUCUCUAGCCUCUAUUGGGAAUUUAUUCGGGGCUGAUGUACAAAGCAUAGUUGCUGCAAACAAUGUAACAGCGGAAGAUCCCAUCUUCCCUUUUACGCCUUUGUUGAUUCCAAUGAGAAGUGAAAGCUGCAGUAAAAAUCCUGGAAGUUUGCUCUGUAGCUGUCCAAACGGCCGAUAUGCAUAUGAGUUGGAAGAUGGCCAUAACUGCGCAGCGCAGGAUAAGAGGCAAGAGAGUUUCUCACUUAAAUUGGCAACCAUUUUAGGUGUCGGUAUUGGUAUGGGGUUUCUUUGUUUAGCAGUUACUGGUUACAACAUGUAUUUACGACUACGAAAAAGAAAGGACCGAAUCCAUAGAGAGAAAUUCUUUAAGCAGAACGGGGGCUUGUUGUUAAAUCAAGGACUGUCGUGUUUCGGGAGUGGAGAAAAUUCAAAAAUAUUUGCUGCCGAGGAGCUACAGAAAGCGACGGACAACUUCAACCAGAGUAGGAUUUUGGGACAGGGAGGCUUUGGGACGGUUUACAAAGGAAUGUUAUAUGAUGGUAGAAUUGUUGCUAUUAAAAGGUCUAAAGCAAUAGAUAAGUCCCAAAUCCAGCAGUUUAUAAAUGAAGUUGUCAUUCUUUCCCAAAUCAAUCAUCGGAACAUCGUCAAAUUACUGGGUUGUUGUUUAGAGACUGAGUUUCCUAUUCUAGUGUACGAGUUCAUACCAAAUGGUACCCUUUUUCACCAUAUUCAUGAACAAGAUAAUGAGUCCUCACUUUCUUGGGAAAAUCGUUUGAGAAUUGCCUGUGAAGUCGCUGAAGCAGUAGCCUACAUGCAUUCUGCAGCUUCGAUUCCCAUCUUUCAUCGUGAUAUUAAAUCUUCCAACAUCCUCCUAGACGAUAAAUACAAUGCCAAAGUGUCCGAUUUCGGUACUUCAAAAUCAAUUCCUGAUGAUAAAACUCACUUAACCACACUUGUACAAGGAACAUUUGGAUAUUUGGAUCCAGAAUACUUUCAGUCAAGCCAAUUCACAGAAAAAAGUGAUGUUUAUAGCUUUGGGGUUGUGCUUAUUGAGCUCUUAACAGGGGAGAAACCAGUCUCUUUUGCCCGAGCUGAGGAAGAAAGAAACCUCGUUGCAUACUUCAUUGCAUCGACAAAAGAGAACAAGUUGCUACAGAUUUUAGACGACCGAAUCGCUAAAGAAGCUACCAAAGAGGAUAUUUAUGCUGUUGCAUACCUUGCAAUUAGAUGCUUGAGAUUGAAUAGCAAGAAGAGGCCUACAAUGAAGGAGGUGUCAAUGGUGCUUGAAGGAUUGAGACACUCACAUAGAUGCCUAGAUAUCCAUGAACAAGCCCAAUUAAUAAGUGAUGAAAUAUCAGAGCAUACUGUUAUCGAAGUUGAAGAAGAAUCGAUCUUCUCUCUUGAUUUGGAUUCUGUUGACAUGGAAUGACUAUGUUGUUAUGUGCGCGAAAUGCAUGAACUUUGAUGAUGUACUUAUAUGGGGAAAGUAUGUUUAUUCUUAGAA